GACUACCGCCUGCUAGGCACCUACCCCGCCAUUUUACAGGUAUCCAUAUCCAUCUACUUGUACCCAGGUACACGCCUAAUUUAACCAGUUAGCAGCCGCUAUUGCUUGUGCCUAAAAAAAACCCUAGCACCGCCUAAUACGUAGCAACCGCGUCCCUGUAAAAUUUCCCAUUCUAAUCUUCGUGAGCCGUGUUUUCUUUCUUAACGAAAAGUCAACAAAGGGAAAGCCGGACGCAGCCAGCAACGCAGCAUAAACCUCCCUUCGCGUGGGAAAGGCUGCCGUCGCUAGUUUAAUACCAUAAUACACAUACGUGUGAUGGGUAUUUACUAGGUAGCCAAAUUCCCGAUUCGCCUACACGCAACGUCCUGUCGAGAUGCCGCCACGGUUAGUUCGUCGGAGACCGCUCCUAGAGCGUGUCAAGUCCAUGCUCAACCCCAUGGACUUCCUGUUGUGGUUAUCUGAGGAGAUCGAGACACGCGACUGGGACUCUAAGCUCGUGGGGACGCAGAUGGGACUGGUUAUGAACUUUGCGUUUCUGCUCGCCCGAGCCAAUAGUGGUGGUUCUCAGGCUGUAGAUCCUGUGUUCGACGAGGGAACGGUCUCUGGGUGGUUUACUUUCCUCGUCGGCUCCCUAGUCUGGUGUCUUAUUACCGCUUCGGCCGUCAAUGCGACCUACACGAUGUAUCGAUCUCGUCAUUAUCGACUAUUCGAAGCAGAUGUAGAGAGGGAGCCCCAGACACCUUCGGCGCAUCGUGUCCGUGUCCAGUCGUCACCGGUAUCGUCGUCGCCUCUCCGGCUUUUAACGAAUAUGAUAGGCACCGAGAGUGCGGAAUCGAGAGCGCAUCCCGAUCGGGCUCGAGAUGUGUGGGAGAUAUCGGUUUGGGAUCCACUACCGAUUUGCCUGCAAAUAUUUUGCUUGUUCAGUCCUGGUCAUGUCCUCGUCUACACGAUGUUCCUGCCGCUAGCGCCUCUGGAUGCGAGACCAAGUGUCACCGUCUUCAACUGCAUCGUCCUUCAGUGUAUCCUCUCGGCGCAACUACUUCUAUUCCAGAAUAGGUUUACGCAGCAAAACAAAGACACCGCCAUUAUUCAAAAAGAAGUUAUGCAUGAAUACGAUACCAAGUUCGUUCAUCCUCGCCUUUACCCUACAGUCAGGGAUGCCGCAACGCAAAUAUCGCAGGGUGAGGAGGGUGAAGACCUUGAUGAAGAUAUACAAGUUGGUACACCUACCGUCCAGCUACGCCGAGGUUUCCGGACACGACCCAAUCCCAACUACAUUAAACACAUUGACCCUGACCGUGGUAUGGGCCGAUCGAACUACACCAACAGCGGAAGUAGUUCUGGACUAUUCACACCCCCUGUUACACGACACACCGAGGCCUAUGGCAGCGAGCUAAGAGGUCGCACUCCUGUGGCUACUGCCAAAACUCAAUGGAAGGGUACGCCAGGCCUUCCUACAUCCUUUAACCCUACCUCAUCCCGUCGAGGAGCUUCCAGCGCUUCAACUUCCACUCCUAACUUUUCUGCCUCUACCUCUAGCACCCACCAGACCCACCAGGUAGGCGAUGGCGGCUACAUGGGUGUAUACACCCACCCUAAAUCACCCUUAAAGAAGGCUCCUAGUCUAGGAGAACUUCAGUUUAGAUCACCGCGAAAUAACAGCGAGAUGGCUCAACUCGAGCAAUACCAAUCGGCGAGAGAACGCAGCAAUAGUCCUAUAAAGAGCACUAGGAAAAGCACUGGGACGAUGAAUGUUCAACCGUCGAAUAGUUGGGGUAGACCUACUCAAGCACCUUCUUACGAGAGAUAUCCAUCUAUGUGGCGGUAAGAGGGUUAUGGUUGUUUUUAUCUAUUUUUUAUGUAGACUAUGCAUUGAUGUUAGGAUUAUCAGACAUCAGGGGGGUUCUUGUGGAUUUUGUUACGCCGCAGUGAAGAAAACUCUUUCGUAUUCACCGGCGUCUGUAUGAAUACGAGCUACUUCCACAGAAAGUCAAAUAGAAGUAGUGAUGAUGUUUAAGAAACUGCCGGCCUACCUCCUUCUUCACUUGGCCCGUGGUAAUGCUACUUCCCGUGUAUUGACGAUAAACUUUUGUACAUCAGUUGUUCUCACCCUUAAGUUGGGAUCAAAACCUAAAUGUUCAUGUUUCUCCAACCAUCAACCUCGGACGAUCCACGAUACCUAUCGUCUGUUGAACCUAAGUCGCACGUUCCCC